AUGGCUACAAGUAAUAAGCAAGCAAAGAGGCGUUUGAAACAGCUUGGAGCCACAUUAAACCCAUCCAAAGCGGGCUGGUCAGACUCUGAAGACGAGGAUCUUAUUCAUGAAGUCGGCAUCAAGUCCGUGCGUAUUGGCGAUGUAGUGAUGCAAGUGCACCCUGCACAGAAUCCCGAAUUGGUCCCAGAGAUCCAAGGUCCAUUCUACGAAGGUGCUCAAGAUAUACUCAGACACCUGAGAUGGAUCAUGCAGAAAGACAAGUUGGGUCAAGAUAUUUUUUUACUAGGUCCUCCUGGGCCAUUGCGUCGCAACCUCAUUAUGAAAUACGCAGAAAUGACUCAGCGAGAAAUUGAAUAUGUAGCACUGUCAAAGGAUGUGACAGAUGCAGACCUAAAGCAGCGAAGAGAACUCCAAAACAGCACCUCCUUCUACGUAGAUCAAGCAGCUGUCAGAGCAGCUAUUCAUGGCAGAAUCCUGGUGUUGGAUGGCAUUGAAAAGGCAGAACGCAAUGUAUUGCCCAUUCUAAACAAUCUGCUAGAAAACCGUGAAAUGUCUCUGGAUGAUGGCCGAUUUUUGACGACCAAGGAGGUCAAGGACACUGCAGAUACCAAGUUUGAAAAGGUGAGCCCCAGAUUCCUGGUGUUUGCUCUAGGUUUGCCUGUACCACCCUAUGUCGGAUACCCUCUGGAUCCUCCGCUUCGCUCCCGAUUCCAGAGCAGAGACGUCAAAUCACCUGAAUUCAAGUCGCAAGUGGAUCAGAUGCUUAGUUUGAUAAAAAACAAGCAGAUUUCCAGAGAUUUGAUUGAACGAUUGAUUUCCAUCAGCAUGGUUCUAGGUGUCCAAAAUGAAAAGAACAGCAACCGCGAGAUUGAAGUGCCUGAAUUCCCCAUGACGAUUGAAAGUUUGGCUCCUCUGUUGUCCUUAGUGCCCAAUAUCCACCCCCGCUUCUUGGUCGAUAUUUUGUAUCCCUACGCGCUACUUCCCACCUGUGAUUUGGAGCAGCUGAGUGUGAUUGAAGCUGCAUUCAGACGAUUUGGCGUGAAAUCAGCUGUCGUAGAAGCACACAUGGAGGCCCGUCAAACAGCGUCUGGCUACUCAAUUGCCAACAUUGACCCUAUCCAAACCGGCGACAACAUUACCGUGGAUGGUUAUCACUACACACACAAAGCCAUCGCCUCGUUUGCUUCGGAUCAGUAUGGUGCUAUUGGAUUGCCCAUUCAAUGUGGUCCUUCGCCCUUCAGCCCCGCCGAAUACUUUAUCGAAACGCCUUAUCACCGUGAAAUAUUCUCUGCCAUGGUUUUGUUGCAUGCUGGUGGUAAAGACAUUUGUCUGGUAGGCACCCACAAGGGUGUUGGCAAGUCUGCUCUGGUGCGCCACUUUGCUCGCAAUCUGGGCUACACCAUCGAUUAUAUUCCUCUGUACCGAGACAUGUCUUCUCGUGAUUUACUGCAGCGUAGAUCUACCACAGCCAAGGGUGAUACUGUAUGGGAGAACUCACUGCUCGUAGAAGCUGCCAUUCACGGUCAUCUCGCCGUGUUGGAUGGCAUUGAAGCCUUGUCUUAUGGUACUUUGAACACACUGCAACGUCUGUGCUCUGACCGUGAGACUCAAUUACCGGAUGGCACUCGUUUGAUCAGCGGUCAUCGCUAUGCCAAAUUGAUGCGCAAGCAAUCGCCCGAAGUAUUGGAAGCCAAGCGUUUGAUCCCUAUUCACCCCUCCUUCCGUAUCAUGGCAUUAGCUCGUGCUGGUACUAGUGGCCAGACCGACACCAAGGCUGGGUCUUGGCUCACAGCAGAGAUAUUGUCCAUGUUCCAUUUCAUUGUGGUUGAUUCACUCCCAUCGCAUGAAGAACAAGAAGUACUUACUGCCUUGUCACCUGGUGUGGAUGAAGACAAGCUGAGACAAUUGCUCACAUUUGCUAGAAGACUCCGUAGAGACAAGGAUGACACCAUUCGCAUGUUGUCCAGUGCAUUAUCUACCCGCCAAUUGAUUCGUAUCUGCCGUCGUUUGGCCUAUUUUGAAAAUGAGAGUCUGUAUAUUGCUAUUCACAAGGCUGCUCUGUCUCGCUUUAUGCCUGCUGUUGCCCGUGAGGCCUUGUCUGCAUUGAUGAUCGCCAAUGGUAUUUACCCACCCAAGGAAAACCCCACUGCACCGGAACUAGUGAUUGAAGUCUUGCCCUCACGAGAGUCGCCUGAACAGAUUCGCAUUGGCAAUGUCACUGAAUCCGUGUUCAAGGGCGGUGAUCCCAUGCUGAUUCCCAACGUUGUUUUUCACGAAAAUCCUGCUCACACCGAGAUUUUGAGAGAGAUGCUCAAGGACUACCAAUUGGGCGAUCAUCUGCUUUUGAUUGGUAACCAAGGUGUUGGUAAGAACAAGCUGGCUGAUUACUUUUUGCAGCUGCUACAAUUGCCCCGUGAAUACAUCCAACUGCAUCGCGACAGUACUGUGCAGAGUUUGACAACGACACCUGCCAUUGCCGAUGGUGUAUUGACCUAUGAAGAUUCUGCUCUCGUCAAGGCAGUGCGUGAUGGUACCAUCUUGGUGGUCGAUGAGGCGGAUAAAGCACCCACCUAUGUCACAGCUGUGCUCAAGAGUUUGGUUGAGGAUGGUCAAAUGGUACUGGGUGAUGGUCGUCGUAUUAUCUCCAAGGAGUCUGAUAUUCAGGACAGCCAAAACUACAUUAUGGUGCAUCCCAACUUCCGCAUACUUGUGCUGGCUAAUCGUCCUGGCUAUCCCUUUUUGGGCAACGAUUUCUACCGCGAGAUUGGCGAUGUCUUUAGUUGCCAUGCUGUCGACAAUCCAGACAUGACGUCUGAAAUGUUCUUGUUGCGUAAAUACGGCCCCCAGGUGUCUGAGGAUUUGCUGGCCAAGUUGUCUAGUGCCUUUACUGAUUUGCGUAAAUUGACGGAUGAAGGUCUCAUUUCUUAUCCUUACUCUACUCGUGAAUUGGUCAACAUUGUGCUCCAUUUGCAAAACUACCCAGAAGAAGGCAUCUCCAAAAUUCUGCAAAAUGUGUUUGAUUUUGACCAGUACGACCAAGCCUCCAAAGAGCUGGUGAUUGAAAUCUUUGAAAAGCAUGGUAUUCCCGUCGGUCUCGAGUCUGAUUUCUCUAUGCAUUUGGGUGAUGUCUUGUCCUUGAACAAGCCUCUGUUGUCUGAGCAGUGGGCUCGUGUGCCUUCUGCCACCAAGCAUGUUGCUAUUCGCAUUGAAACAGAGUCCAUUGCUGUUCGUGGUGGCUGGGACAUUGAUGUGGGCAAAAAGUGGAAGGAUCUCGAGCGCAAGGAAGGCAGAUCCACCAUCUUUUCCGAGCAACUAUACACGUUUGAUAUCCCCACGCGUGGCGAAGCGCUUGAUAUUGCCACUGUGGAUGAUGGCACCCUGUUUGUGGUUACUACCAACCCAGUGACACUCCAUCGCAUUGAUCCCAACCACAAGCGCAUCGAUAGUUUGGAUCUUUACGAGUACUUUCCUUUGCAACGCGCACCUCCCAGACUCCGUAUCUCUGUGAUUCGCGCCAAGACUGGUGCUGUCAAGUACCUUGCCUUGCACAAUCCCUCCAACAACGAGCUGCUAUGCUGCGAUUUCAACAAGAAAUCAGUCGUGUCUGUGGUGAUUCGUGGUUUGGAGCCUGUCAAGUCCAUCAUGUGCAACAACUUGAGUGCUACUGGCACCCUGAUCUUUUACCAAGAGGACCAACCCACCAUUGCUGUGCUUGAUUUCAACACAUCGCAGCAACACACGCUUACCUUCCCUCAACGCAUCAGCCAACUGCAUGUUGUUGAGCCUCAUUUCUGGAUUGCUCGUGGUAGUCGCAAUGCCAACAUCUAUGCCAUUACACCCGACAAGGAAGGCAGCCUUCCCAAUGUCAUGGAAUCUAUUCAAGCCUUGGGCCAAAAUGGCCAACCUGUGGGCGAGCUGGCUCACAUUUACGAAAGAGAUUUUGCUCCUGGUGCUAAAUUUGCUCAAAAUGCCGAUCUCAACAAGUUUGCCUCUAUUCUUGAAGGAUGCUCUUAUGCUGACUUUUAUGGUGAUCGAGGCGUGAUUGACAUUUCUUGUUACAUGAAGCAUCAGCAACAGAGCAGUGAAAACCAAGAAGCCAGAAAGGUCAAGGGAUCCUCUUUGUAUCUGCAGCAAACACAGCAACUGGCCAUCAUUCAACCACCCACCGAUGGUCGCGCUGAGAGCACGCUGGAUCUCUUGAACCCCAACACAAACCAAAUAUGGCGCAUCAAGAUGCCAUUGUCUGUCAUUGGCAACAUGGAGGCACCUGUGCCCACUUACACACAAUUCCAAGUAGAGCGAUUUGCAGCUACCAUGUGCGAAUUGCCAAACGGUAACCUUGUCACCAUGGACAAUGCAGGUACAGUACGUAUCUGGCAAGUCAGUUCCAACGAAAUCUACAAAGCUGCCCAGACAUGGAAGCAAAUGGUCGGUGUGGAUCAAAAGGUGCUAUCUGUCAUUUACGAAACGGAUGAAAAGCAAUUGGACGAUCUCUACGAUGAAGCCAAGAAGCUGGCAGGCGACCAAGGCAAUAGUGAUGCUCAGUGUCAAAACGAUGGCCAGGGACAAGGAUCUGGAGGUUCUUCUGGUGUAGGUGAGGGUGAUGGUGGAUCUGGAUCAGGCGGUCAAGGUGGAGGCGGUGUCAAUGGCUCUGGCAACAACAUGAAUGAAGAAGGACGCCAAGAAGCUAGUUUUGAGGACAUUAAUAACCUAAAACUGAAAACGGCUGGUGAUGAACCUGAAGCUAUCACAGAAGCUCAAAAGGAAAUGCACGAUCAAGCCAUGGAAAAGAUGCUCAAGAAGCUCGACAUGAGUCAAGCUGAUUUCCAGCAAUACAAUACAUUCAUGGAAAAUAUUCGUCGUGAAGUGCGCGAGCUACGUGUUAUUCUAGAGAGCGUUGAAGCAAAGAAACACGAGCGAGUUUGGCUCAAGAAUCAAUCUUCUGGUGAUUUAGACGACACAAAAAUCAUUGAAGGGCUCACGGGUGAAAGAGCCAUCUACAAGAAGCGUGGUGAAGAUGACCCUGAGCUAGGUUUGUUUCAGGACAAGCCCAAGCGCAUGAAUUUUGUCUUUGACUUGUCUGCCAGUAUGUUCCGUUUCAACACGCAUGAUCGUCGUUUGGAGCGUUCAAUGGAAGUGGCUCUCAUGUUGAUGGAAUCUUUCCGUGGAUUUGAGCACAAGUUUGCUUACAAAAUUGUGGGUCACAGUGGUGAUGGUGCCAACAUUGAGUUUGUUGUGCCUGGCAAGUACCCCAAGACAGAAAAGGAAGCCUUUGAGGUGAUUAGCAAGAUGAAGGCUCAUUCGCAAUACUGUCUCAGUGGUGAUAACACACUUGGUGCAGCCUCUCAUUCCAUGAAGGAGGUGGUCGAGGAGGAAUCAGAUGAUUAUUUUGUAGUUGUCUUGUCGGAUGCUAACAUUGCUCAGUACAAUAUCCACCCCAAUGACAUUGCUAGAAUCCUCAAGUCGGACGAUCGUGUUACUGCACAGAUGAUCUUCAUUGGCAGUAUUCAGGAUCAAGCAGAGCAGUUAAAAAAGGCAUUAGGAAGCCACGCUCACAUUUGUACAGAAAACAAGGAGCUCCCCAAGAUUAUCAAAUCAUUGUUUUUGUCAUCUAUGGUCAAGGGUUAA